UGAUCUGUUAAUGCUUCGACGUAGUCGUCGUCGGAAACAACCGAAUAUUCUGUCCUGUUGUGGUCGCAAAUCACCUUCUAAAUGCACAGAAAUGUGUGCAAUGGAACUGAAAGACCAGGGCAACCGGUUCUUUUCUGCUAGAAAAUAUGACGACGCAAUAAAUUGUUACACAAAGGCUAUCUUGCGAAAUGCAAACACCGCCACCUUUUACACCAACCGUGCUCUGUGCUAUCUCAAACUACAGCAGUGGGAACUGGCCAUGCAAGACUGCAAACAUGCGAUAGAGAUAGACACGGCUUUAGUUAAAGGUCAUUUCUUUUUAGGCCAAGCUUCUGUGGAAGUUGGGUGCUACGAUGAAGCCAUUGAAAAACAUUUAAAAGAACUUAACGCUGUAUUUGCAGCAGUGGAUGAAAGGCGAAAGAAGAGAGAAGUUCCAGACUAUCUGUGUGGUAAAAUAAGUUUUGAAUUAAUGAGAGAACCAGUAAUUACACCAAGUGGAAUAACCUAUGACAGAAAAGAUAUAGAAGAACAUUUACAGCGUGUUGGACAUUUUGAUCCUGUGACGAGAACAGAUCUUACUCAAGAUCAGCUCAUUCCAAAUCUUGCCAUGAAAGAAGUUAUUGAUACCUUUAUAUCGGAAAAUGAGUGGGUUGAAGAAUUCUAAAAUGCAUUUUCCUGGAGUGAGCACCCUUACUGGAUGGAGUCUUAUCAUCUUAUUAUGACUAUGUAAAUUUGCUGCACAUUGUGUAAAUAAACUCUUCAACUGACAGCAUUUUUAAUUAAUAAAAAGCGCUUUAACAUUUAAUUUGAUAUAAUCUUCCGAUGGAGAUUCAAGUUAUAAUAACUUUGAACUGCUUUUUCAUGCUGAAAGCAAGUAUUGUAUAUGCUAU